AUGUCAUCGUCGAUAGAACAAGAUAAAGCAAAAGAAAGAUGGAAAUUAUUACAAUCAUUUAUACUUUCUUCAAAUUCAUCUAGUGAUGAAAUUCUUGGAAAAGUAUCUAAAAGAAAUCAUCAAGAAUUCAAUUUAUUUACUAAACAAAAAUUAUCAAUUAAUCAUGACAAAACUUUUUUUUUUGAAGAAGGAAAUGAAGAAUGGUUUGCUUAUGAUUUAUUUGAUAAUAUUGUUUUAAAUGUGUUUAAUAAAUCAAUAUGUGAAUUAGGUAGUGGUAUGAGUGCUUUGGCAGGUUUAACAAUCGCAGCAAAAUGUAAACCUAAAAGUGUCACAUUAACCGAAGGAAAUCCAGACUUAUUUUGUGGUCCACACCGUGGAAAUAGUCUAAACACAUUCAUCGCACAGUUAAACACCAUCAAUAAUUUUUGUGUUGAAUUAUUAGAAAGAUAUGAUGAAACUGAAGAGGAGGGAAAGGAUGUUGGAUUUAAAUUAUGCAAUUUGGCAAAUGGUUCACUGAUAAUAGGAAGCACACCAGAAUCGACAUUAAGAAAUCGAGUUGCAGACUCACCUCAUGUUCCAAUAUCAAGACCACAAUCACAAUCUUCUCUUGGCUCACCCUCUAAAACGUAUUAUUUAUCUCCUUUGGAACGUAAACUUAUAGCAGAAAGAGGGUUCCUGAAAAUAAAUGCCAUUAUGCUUCAAUACAAAUCAUCACUUCAAGUAGUACUUUUUAGUAAUUCUAAUGAUUAG